AUGGCUCCGAGAAUAAUCCGAUGGGGAAUCUUGGCAACUGGAGGAAUUGCCCAAACUUUCACCAAAGAUCUGCUAGUCGAUCCUGUUACGCGCGAUGUCCAUGAAAUCAAACACACCGUUGUCGCAGCAGCCAGUUCUUCAAGCGCUUCCCGAGCACAGGGAUUUCUCAAGGCAGUCAAUGCGCCUUCAUCAGCAAGAGCAUACGGUUCGUAUGAAGAAUUUGUGAAGAAUCCAGAUAUCGACAUUGUUUACAUUGCCACGCCACAUUCUCACCAUUAUCAAAAUGCCAUGCUCUGCCUCGAGGCUGGGAAAAAUGUUCUUUGUGAAAAGCCCUUUACGGUGAAUGCCGCUCAGGCGAGGAAACUCGUCGAGAAAGCGUGCGAAAAGAAUCUUUUUCUGAUGGAAGCUGUUUGGACUCGAUACUUUCCCCUAUCAAUUUACGUACGAGAAGUCGUCACCUCCGGGAAACUGGGAGUCGUCACCAGAGUUUUCGCGGACAAUUCUCGAGCCUCGAAUCUGGAAGAAGACUGGGCCGACGGCAAACAUCGAAUGGUCAACCCGGAUCUUGCAGGGGGCGCACUUCUGGAUCUGGGGAUCUACAGCUUAACCUGGGUCUUCCAGACACUUUUCACCACUCAACCGGCAUCCAGCCGUAAGGCACCGUCGGUCAUGUCAAGCAUCCAGAAAUAUCCGGCGACGGGCGUGGACGAAAUGACAAGUAUCCUCCUCACCUUUCCCCGCGAUGUCGAGUCCGGAGGCGACAUGCACGCAAUAGCAACGACAGGCUUCCGAACCUCAUCCGAUACUGAUGGCACAGGAUCAUCCGGUGCGGCUAUCCGCAUCCAAGGCACCAAGGGUGAAAUUCAGGUAUGGCCGCCAGCUUAUCGACCUACUCGGACCAAACUCAUCCUCAUGGACGGCACAACCGAAGAUAAGACCUGGCCUCAGCCUGGACCGGGCAAAGGCAGCGGCUGGUACAAUGGGUUUGGAAACAGUAAAAACGCGGAAGGUGAGGGCCAUGGUAUGUUCUGGGAAGCGGAUGAGGCGGCAAUGGCGUUGCUGGAGGGCAGGAAAGAAGGCAAAUUAGAGAGCCUAGACGAAUCAAUUCUUAUUAUGGAAGUGAUGGAUGAAGUUAGAAGGCAGAACAAUUUGAAGUAUCCCGAAAAAAUCGAGACAACGGAAAAGGUAAAUCUCUAA